AUGCAAGUAACAGACGGAGGCGAAAAACCAGUUCACUAUUAUAGUAGACAAACCUCCGAAGACGAAAAGAAAUACCAUUCAUUUGAAUUGGAAUUGCUAGCUAUAGUGUGCUCAUUACAGAAGUUUAGAUUAUAUUUAUUAGGCACAACGUUUAAAAUCGUUACGGAUUGUAAUUCUGUUAAAUUUGCCUUAACUAAAAAGGAAAUAAUUCCUCGUAUUGCUCGUUGGGUACUAUCAACUCAAGAAUAUUCUUUUGAAAUAAUACAUAAAGAGGGCACACGAAUGCAACAUGUGGAUGCCCUCAGUAGAAAUCCGGUUCAUGCCGGUGAAAAAUCAGAAGCUGAGAUAUUGCUGUCAAUAACUGAAGCAGAUUGGUUAUUGUCUGUACAGUUACAAGACCCCGAGAUUACUAAGAUUAAAAAUAUAUUAGAAUCAGGAGAGGCCGACAAUAACAAAACUAUAUUUAACGAAUAUGAACUGUUGGGAAAUAAGUGGCUACCGGAAUGCCUCGCUCAAAUGGACAGG